AUGUCUCUGACAGGUGUGACACCUGUGUGUUGGAGUCGCUGUGCUUGCCCUGCGAGUCGUCGUGCACGUCUAUGGCGGACGCGGGUGGAGCUGCAAGUUAAUAGUGUGGCACCUGUGUGUUGGAGUCGCUGUGCUUGCCCUGCGAGUCGUCGUGCACGUCUAUGGCGGGCGCGGGUGGAGCUGCAAGUUAAUAGUGUGGCACCCGUGUGUUGGAGUCGCUGUGCUUGCCCUGCGAGUCGUCGUGCACGUCCAUGGCGGACGCCGGUGGAGCUGCAAGUUAAUAGUGUGGCACCUGUGUGUUGGAGUCGCUGUGCUUGCUCUGCGAGUCGUCGUGCACGUCCAUGGCGGGCGCGGGUGGAGCUGCAAGUUAAUAGUGUGGCACUCGUGUGUUGGAGUCGCUGUGCUUGCCCUGCGAGUCGUCGUGCACGUCCAUGGCGGACGCCGGUGGAGCUGCAAGUUAAUAGUGUGGCACCUGUGUGUUGGAGUCGCUGUGCUUGCUCUGCGAGUCGUCGUGCACGUCCAUGGCGGGCGCGGGUGGAGCUGCAAGUUAAUAGUGUGGCACCUGUGUGUUGGAGUCGCUGUGCUUGCCCUGCGAGUCGUCGUGCACAUCUAUGGCGGGCGCGGGUGGAGCUGCAAGUUAAUAGUGUAGCACCUGUGUGUUGGAGUCGCUGUGCUUGCUCUGCGAGUCGUCGUGCACGUCCAUGGCGGGCGCGGGUGGAGCUGCAAGUUAAUAGUGUGGCACCUGUGUGUUGGAGUCGCUGUGCUUGCUCUGCGAGUCGUCGUGCACGUCCAUGGCGGGCGCGGGUGGAGCUGCAAGUUAAUAGUGUGGCACCUGUGUGUUGGAGUCGCUGUGCUUGCCCUGCGAGUCGUCGUGCACAUCUAUGGCGGACGCCGGUGGAGCUGCAAGUUAAUAGUGUGGCACCUGUGUGUUGGAGUCGCUGUGCUUGCUCUGCGAGUCGUCGUGCACGUCCAUGGCGGGCGCGGGUGGAGCUGCAAGUUAAUAGUGUGGCACUCGUGUGUUGGAGUCGCUGUGCUUGCCCUGCGAGUCGUCGUGCACGUCCAUGGCGGACGCCGGUGGAGCUGCAAGUUAAUAGUGUGGCACCUGUGUGUUGGAGUCGCUGUGCUUGCUCUGCGAGUCGUCGUGCACGUCCAUGGCGGGCGCGGGUGGAGCUGCAAGUUAAUAGUGUGGCACCUGUGUGUUGGAGUCGCUGUGCUUGCCCUGCGAGUCGUCGUGCACAUCUAUGGCGGGCGCGGGUGGAGCUGCAAGUUAAUAGUGUAGCACCUGUGUGUUGGAGUCGCUGUGCUUGCUCUGCGAGUCGUCGUGCACGUCCAUGGCGGGCGCGGGUGGAGCUGCAAGUUAAUAGUGUGGCACCUGUGUGUUGGAGUCGCUGUGCUUGCUCUGCGAGUCGUCGUGCACGUCCAUGGCGGGCGCGGGUGGAGCUGCAAGUUAAUAGUGUGGCACCUGUGUGUUGGAGUCGCUGUGCUUGCCCUGCGAGUCGUCGUGCACAUCUAUGGCGGACGCCGGUGGAGCUGCAAGUUAAUAGUGUGGCACCUGUGUGUUGGAGUCGCUGUGCUUGCCCUGCGAGUCGUCGUGCACAUCUAUGGCGGGCGCGGGUGGAGCUGCAAGUUAUUAGUGUGGCACCCGUGUGUUGGAGUCGCUGUGCUUGCCCUGCGAGUCGUCGUGCACGUCCAUGGCGGGCGCGGGUGGAGCUGCAAGUUAAUAGUGUGGCACCUGAGUGUUGGAGUCGCUGUGCUUGCUCCGCGAGUCGUCGUGCACGUCCAUGGCGGGCGCGGGUGGAGCUGCAAGUUAAUAGUGUGGCACUCGUGUGUUGGAGUCGCUGUGCUUGCCCUGCGAGUCGUCGUGCACGUCCAUGGCGGACGCCGGUGGAGCUGCAAGUUAAUAGUGUGGCACCUGUGUGUUGGAGUCGCUGUGCUUGCUCUGCGAGUCGUCGUGCACGUCCAUGGCGGGCGCGGGUGGAGCUGCAAGUUAAUAGUGUGGCACUCGUGUGUUGGAGUCGCUGUGCUUGCCCUGCGAGUCGUCGUGCACGUCCAUGGCGGACGCCGGUGGAGCUGCAAGUUAAUAGUGUGGCACCUGUGUGUUGGAGUCGCUGUGCUUGCUCUGCGAGUCGUCGUGCACGUCCAUGGCGGGCGCGGGUGGAGCUGCAAGUUAAUAGUGUGGCACUCGUGUGUUGGAGUCGCUGUGCUUGCUCCGCGAGUCGUCGUGCACGUCCAUGGCGGGCGCGGGUGGAGCUGCAAGUUAAUAGUGUGGCACUCUCGCUGUGCUUGCUCUGCGAGUCGUCGUGCACGUCCAUGGCGGGCGCGGGUGGAGCUGCAAGUUAA